GGAGCAGAGUGCGCCUGCGCGGGCCGCCCGGGUGGCUGGGCCGUGGCGGAGCGUUCCAUGGCCGGCGGCGCGGGACCAUGACCGAUUUCAGCGAGGAGCAGCGCAACGAGCGGGAGGCGCUGGAGUCCAUCUACCCGGACUCGUUCACGGUAUUAUCAGAAAACCCAACAAGUUUCACUAUCACAGUGACAUCGGAAGCAGGAGAAAAUGAUGAAACUGUCCAGGCAACCCUUAAAUUUACCUAUGGAGAAAAAUAUCCAGAUGAAACUCCACUUUAUGAAAUAUUCUCCCAGGAGAACCUUGAAGAUAAUGAUGUCACAGACAUAUUAAGCCUUCUAGAACAACAGGCAGAAGAGAACUUGGGGAUGGUAAUGAUCUUCACUCUAGUGUCAGCUGUACAAGAGAAAUUAAAUGAAAUAGUGGAUCAAAUAAAAACAAGACGAGAGGAGGAAAAGAAACAGAAGGAAAGAGAAGCAGAGGAGGCAGAAAAGCUAUGUUUCCAUGGCACUCCUGUUACAAUCGAGAAUUUCCUAAGCUGGAAAGCAAAGUUUGAUGCAGAGCUCCUAGAAAUUAAAAGAAAAAAGAUGAAAGAAGAAGAGCAAUCAGGCAAAAAUAAAUUAAGUGGAAAACAACUAUUUGAAACCGAUCAUAAUCUUGACACGUCUGACAUUCAGUUCUUAGAAGAAGCUGGAAACAGUGUGGAAGUGGAUGAAUCCUUGUUCCAGGAAAUGGAUGACUUGGAGUUGGACGAUGAAGAGGAUGACCCUGAUUACAACCCUGUUGAUUUAGAUAGUGACUAGACUGAAUUUGCUGAACUGGCUGUGUCAUUAGUAUGCGUGGACACAUGUAGGGAGAAAGAGGCAGUCAGGAAAGCCACAGCAUCUGUGGCUCUACCAAGCAUGUAUUGGUUUUCAUUUUUGAAGGAAAAAAACCAAACUCUUUUAAUUUCAGGAGAAUACUCUUCUGAUGACUUUCAUCGUAAUUAAUAAAUUGACUUUAACAUUUCAAAUGUGAAAUGUUAGGCAUAUUGUUAAUCUGUA